AGCGUCAUGCAACAGCAAUUUCCCAAACAGAGGCGCCAGGGCAUUAGAGGACGAAGGCAGCAGCAGCAGCAGCAGCAGCACCGACGACAACAACGAUAGCGAAGCGAGUGUGGUCAUGUAGUCCUUGCCGCGCCGCAUGGUGGAUAGAUGUUUCUCAAAAUCACCGGACACCGAGUAAAAUGCUGUAAAUUUGUGCGUCGUCGUCGUCGCCGUCGUCAACGCGGCACCGGAAAAAGAGUGCGUGGUUGCCCAAGUAAAAGCGAUCUCUCUCUCUCGUCGAUCGGUCCACCUUUACCAUAUAUACACGAAUACCGGCAUUUGUAAGCUUGAAUUGAAGACUGUAAAUACCAGUGCUGUGGCUUGAAUAGUGAUUUUAAACUGUACGUUAGAAGAAAAAUUUUAUUUCGUCGUCGUUGUCGUCAAAAUGAAGUGGACAACUGGUAUUCCCUUCUGUGAACAAGUAAAUGAACUUACUCGUGUAUUCUCUCAAUGGAACGAUUGCGAACAAACUGUUGUUAUAUUUGCGCUGGUGCGUCGUAUACCUCCAAUUCAAAAAAAGUUUAUCAUACAUGCGAUGCAAAGUUUGCUGCCCUCUACAUCGGAGUUGGAGACAAAGGAGCAAAAUGCCAACAAUCCAAGUUAUAUCAAUGCGUUAUCAAAUGAGACAACGGAAGUAGCGAUUAAUCAACUCUUAACGCAUCUGCCCUUACUAAGGCCCGGGAACAUAGAGUGCAAAGAAAGUUAUAUAGUAGCAUUAACAGAGUUAAUAAAUCAUUGUACGAGUACUGGACAGCACACCGAACAAGCGCAACGGCUCUUGAGUUACACUCUAAUACAUCCAGCUAUGUCUAAUCAAGACAAACAGAGUUUAGCUCGGUGGCUUACAACUUUGGAAGAUCGUAUUAGCGGUGCGCCUAUUACUAAUUUUGAAGAUUAUCCAAAUACUUCACCAAGAUGGGAAGGUCUUCCGUGGCAGAGGAACUACAAACACCCAAACGAACAGACGAACUUAUUCAAUAUUCAACCGAGCAUGUUUAAUAUGCAACCAUAUUCGACCAUGUCCAGUAAUCGUCACCGUAAUCGUUCGAAUAGUCUGACGCCGCCGGUAAUGCCACCGCAUCACCUCGAAGUUGUCGAACGUAAUAGUAACAACUUGAACACUUUAUGCAGACAGAAAACGCGCAGCUAUAGCGUCUCCAGUGAUCACUCGAGCAAUAUUAUUGGUUUGAGUCAAUUGAGCCCGCAGAGUUCCUGUGCAAGUAGCCGUAGCGAGAGUCGUUUGGAUGAUGCUUCAAAUCGUUCACUUGCAAGUGGCAUGAGAGAUGUACAAUCAUGGCUUAAGACAUUGCGUCUUCAUAAGUACAGUUACUUGUUUGUCAACAUGAGUUACGAGGAUAUGUUACAAUUGACGGAGGACCAAUUAGCGGAUCAAGGAGUUACGAAGGGCGCCAGACACAAGCUGGCUCUUUCCAUUGCCAAACUGCAGCAGCGGUACAACACGCUCGUGAAUCUUGAAAAGGGCUUGAUGUCUAAUGUCGAUGGCAUGCAAAACGCUUCGAUUUCGCAAAGUUCAUCGGUGUUGAUUAACACGGUGGAAGAACUCAAAACAAUCUUAUCCACCCCUAUGAAACCGAGUCAGGAAAAUGAUCCCCAAGACAUCCCCACGCAAUUUACGAAAGUAGUCGGGAAAUUAUGCAGUAGAUUAGCCUUGAUGGAGAACACGGAGGAUAACGUUUUGUGCGGAUGCGUCAAUAUUCUCGAGAAGAUACUGCAACACGAUUGUUUUAAUCCGAAUCAGAAGGAGAAGGUGCAGCAAUGGCGCAGCAGACUAGGCAAUCCACGACCGACUCCGAAGUGGCAACACAAUUACGGACAUAACGGAUAUAACAAUAGAAGGUAUCCGCAGCAGCACAAUAGAAAACCGAGCUUGAAUCACAUUCAUCAUAAUCAGGCACACAAUAACCAGUAUAUGAUGACUCCGCAUCGAAACAGUAUAUCCACGCCAUAUCUGCAAAACAGUCAGAAUCAUAAUAUGAAUAACCUGAACAUGAGCAACUUGCGCACUCUACACAUGACCGAGAAAAGAUCGAGUUUGCAGGAAACUAGUUUGCAGCAAUUGCAGAAAACGUUGCAGCGCACGCAUAGCGCGUCGCGGGAUCAUUUUCUGAGACACGCUCUUAACGGGACGAACGAGACGACGGAGCCGGAAAUAAAUUCCCGUCUGGAAUCUUUGUGUUUGGAAAUGACCGAGCAAGCAAUUGGUGGGUUCGGCGAGGUCUAAUCUUCCAUAUGUUUUACAUCUAAAGAAUUUUUUUAGUAAGUCCCAUUUAAACACAACAAUUAUUUUUCGGAUUAUUGAGUCCGAAAAUUCAUUUGCGAGAAACACCUAUUUGCCAAAACACGAGUGAGCGGGAUAAACGCGCGCAUUCGUGAGUUAUCGUUUUAAAAAAAGUAAGACUUUAACAGGGAAACGUGUAUAUUUUUUUUUUUUUUUUUUUUUUGUGUGCAAAUAACUACGUGUACACACACUUACGCUUUAAUCUACCAAAUGAAGAAAAAUGUCUCGGUACACGUGACAUUCUUACUAAGAGAAAGGUAGAGAUAGAUUAUUCUUUGAAAAUCGAAUAACUUAUCACACAAACACACAUAGACACACACACACACGUACACAGGUGUAAAGCAUAUUUUUUAUUAUAACCAAUGCAAUUUAUGCUAUUUAAGUGACAGAAUUUGGCUAGCCAAAUGUUAUUAGAAAGAUAGAUUCUUUCCUCGACUAUAUUUGCUGCAUUCAUAUUAUAAAUCUAGUGUAUAAAAACAAAAAAGGUAUAUAUGUGUACAAACAAACAAACACAUUCACACACACACACACUUUUACCAUAUAUAUACACAUAUAUACAUGAUAGAAUUUUAUGAGCAAGGACUUUUUAAAUCAUAUAUAGCGCACGCGAAAGUACAGAAAAAUUGAAGCGAUAGGAGAAAAAAAAUGAAGCAAAAAAAGAAAAAACGCGCGUCGUUUAUAUCAUCACGCGAUGGUUUUUUUUGCAAUAUUAAUUUUUCACGUUAUCCAUUUUAAGAAAUGGAAUUUGAUUCUACAGGGGGAAAAAAGAUAAAUGUUAUAGUGAAUGUUAAAGAAAUUAAUUUUUAACAAUUGGACUGAUUUUUACUUUUUAAUAUUACUAUAUUAUUAUUAUUAUUGUCAUAUUAUUAUAAUAUUUUUUAUUAUAUUAUACACCAUUGUCCUUAACAUCACUUACUUCUAUGUUAACUUCUACUAUUCAUAAUCGCGUCAAUAUCAUUUAUUGCUAUUUUUACAAACACAAUCACUACUAUAUUCCCGCUGCUACCAUCGUCAUUCUUUUAUCUUUAAUAUUAUCUCGUAUUUUCUUACAAUCACUACGAUAUAAAUUGCUCUUACUGUACUGUUGUAAACUCCAUUUACAUAGAAUGAGCAUACUUAGAAAAAUUUUCUACUUUGUCAUAUGAGUUUUGGAUCUACGCGUAGUAACGUCUCUUUGAAAACUUCAAUCUCGAUUAUAUAUGACAAAGCACGUAUGGCAGCGUGUAUGCUUCGUAGUUCGUAAAUAGAUCUCGUGAUUGUUUUUUUUUUUGGAUUCUCUUUAGUUAACGAACGGCAUUUCGCUCUGUUUUCUUUUUCUUUGUUAGUUAUUUGAGAAAUCAAGUGAAGCUCUAUUUCACACGCGAGUAAAAAAAAAUUUAUAUAUAUACAAUAAUGGUUAAUAAAGGCCUUAAGUGGAGAGAAAAAUGAGAAGAGCGAGAUGUGUAAGUAAGAGAUGUAGAAGUUUGAUAUCGAAAAAAAGUAGCAGCGAAAUUUCGAGGAAAAGGUGGGACUGGCGCUCGACAUUUUUACGGCGCAACAUCGAAUUGUGGCUUUAACGUUCACCCUUUUAAAUCUAUAGCAUGUUAAAAAAAAGAAAAAGUAGCAUUGCGAGUAAUAUGUAGCAUAAUAUUUUUUUGUGCAACCGCAAAAAAUUUAAAUUUAUUAAAUUGCAUAUAGAGAAUGAAAUAAAAUAAUCGA